AUGAUGGCUACGAUGCCCGCAGUGAAAUGCGAUCGGCAGGAUCCAUGUCUCAACUGUGUAGAUGCACGGGUGGAAUGCUGUCGUGCUCGCCAGGCGAGGAUUCAUCGGCCUAGAGUCUCUCGUCUGGAAGCCUUAUCCGACCGAUUGGCAAAACUCGAGAAAUCAAAUGAGGACACCUCGACUUUGUCACCACCUUCGCCAGUUAUCGGCAGCCAUGACACAAAUCAAACUGCGUCGUCAUCUCCGAGGGCAAAGCCCCUGGAUUCCACAAAACCGGCUUCAAAAAGAAAGUACCAGUCUAGCAUUAUCACUACUGAGACCAGUUCUUUUGGUCUGCAACCAACGAAACGGAGGACAUCGCAAAGUAUUGUAUCAAAUAUCCACGGCGAGCGACACUUACCAGACUCAGCACGACAUGCUAGUGAAGCAAAGGAAUACAUCGAACAUGAGCUCCAAUGCAACCCAGCUCUCUCAAAGGACAGGCGAACAACACUCGAAAUGGCACAGAAAUUUGUCAGCCAGCUUUCGAAUCCUGGAAUUCAUCGUUAUGAAACUGGUGCUGCCAAGGAACUAGAAAUUGGAGAAACAGCGCCUCCUACUCUCACACCUGAGUUGCUUUAUAUGAUGCUACCAGGUCCCGACAGAAUGACGAAUUCCCAAGGAACAAUUGCGUGGCCAGAUCACAUAUCAGAUCAAACACUGGAGCGGAUGGGCCUUGCUAUUAUCGAGCACACUGAGAGUGAGCAGAUACUUCAACUUUACCGAAUUACAGUAUGGGUAAAGGCUAUCUCUUGUAUUUCAAAAUUGGCGCCAUUGAUAUCAAGUCAGCCUCUGAAAGUGCAUUUCAGGAAUCUGAAGAAGCAGUAUGAAGCAGCCGCUAUUGAAGAGCUGAACUCGGUUCCUCUAACGGCUACUCCAAGUCUGACUUUACUUCAAGCAUUGCUGUCCGGUAAACGUUUGAUGCAAUAUUUGGGGAACAUGUCCCGUUGUUGGAUGUUCACGGCUCACGCUUCAAGGAUUAUCGUCGCCUUGAACUACCACAACAUUACCAACCCCAUACCCCAGAACGAAGUGGAAAAAGAUAUACAUGCAUGUGUCUACACAUGCUACUACUUUGACAAGACUCUGAGCUUGCUUCUUCUUCGACCACCGUCUUUACCAGAGCUGAAAGUUGAGCCAGUGCAAUUGAUUCAUUUGGAUCCGGAACUACCCACAACAGCAAUGAUAAGAGGGAUUGUGGAGCUAGCGCAUCUCAAAAAUACUCUCGUGCAUAUUCUUCUCGACACCAAGGAGAUGAGCGACAUGGGGAAGGCGAGUCUUCUGUCUGAUCUUGUGGUCCGAGCACAGACAAUCCACUCCAACCUACAAAUACAUCAAAGGCGUCAAGAAUUAGACUUCUCGGCUGCAUGGCCAAUCCUGCGCCGUGAAUGGCUAUCGAUGGAUUUCAACUACUACUCUAUCUUAACCACAAUCAUCCGGGCACGGUCUUCGGUUCUAAAAUCUCGCAUGGUAUGCGAAGACUGCCUUUACGCAGCUCGGGAGGGACUUAUCACUCUUCGGGCCUUGCAAGAGGCAUUCUCCACUGAUGAGAUAUCGGUCAAUGCCUAUCCGUACUUCCUCACGUGGACCAUGCUACUAUUCCCGCUUUCGCCAUUCUUCGUACUGUUCUGCAACGUUGUUGCGACAUCUGACCACCGCGAUUUCGGAAUGAUCAAGGAAAUCACUGGCAACUUGCGCCAGUUUGCCAAAGCAAACGCUUCCAUUGGCAAGCUUUAUGGUCUGUUUUCCAAAUUUUUAGAUCUCUGCGCGCCACUGAUCAAGGAAAGUAAUGUAUGGUCUUCCUCUGAAGGUACAGUGCUUGAACUUGUUGGUGCUCCAAGUAGUGAGAGAGAACCUCAGCUCAGCAGUCCCUAUACUGAGAUGUUUGGCCGGGCUUCGGAUCAUACUCUGAAUACACUACCAAGCCCGGGUCCUAGCAGGGCAGUUUCUGACGUACCACAAUCGGUGCCUUCUGUGGAAGGAUGGAAUGACAAUCUUAUGUGGGAGCUGUUCGAUAACCAACCCUCCCUUGGGUGGGCAGAUUCGGAGCUUUGGGGUGCAAUAACCCUGUUAAAUACCGCCUGA